AUGCUUCCAUCGAGAGGGCUAAGGCCUGUUUCGAGGUUAUUUUCGAGGCAAUACCGUGUCCUAGCGAUAGAAUCCUCGUGUGACGACUCAUGUGUGGCUUUGCUUGAAAAACACUCUCCAUCUUCGCAGCCAGUGGUGAUUGACGAGAUGAAGAGGACUUUACGGUCGGUAGAAGUUGGAGGAGUGAUUCCAACAGCAGCAUUUGAGUUCCAUCUGAUGCAUAUGCCAGCCUUAAUGAAGGAGUUUUGUUCAAAACAUGAUUUGAGUAUCAGGAACCCACCUGAUCUUCUCUGUGUAACUCGAGGUCCAGGAAUGCUUGGAUCACUCAGUCUGAGCUUGCAAUACGCCAAAGGUCUAGCAUUAGCAUGGGACAUUCCUAUGGUGGGAACACAUCACAUGUUGGGGCACAUUCUAGCUCUGAACUUGCCCACGACUGAAAACCCCGGGCGUCCACCUCCACAGUACCCUUUCCUCAGUCUUCUAUGUAGUGGAGGCCACACCAUGCUAGUAUUUCUGAAAUCGUUGACUGAGCACGAGAUCAUUAUAGAUACUAUGGAUAUUGCCUGUGGCGAUGCGAUUGACAAGGCUGCCAGGGAGUUGGGUAUGCGUGGGAACAUGAUCGGGCCCGAGCUUGAAAAGUAUGUUGCACUGAUACCUCCCAGGGAAGUUGAGGAAUUCUCUUCGAUAAAGACGCUUGACAGGAACAAUGAAUUCAAUUUUAAACUUAAAAUGCCCUUGCAUAAACCAAAGCACCAGAAGAUUCCUGAAAACAUCGCAUUCACUUUUGCAUUCCUUCUCAGUUCCAUAAAAGACCAUAAAGCACGCCAGGAGCUUGACGAACGGACAAAACAAUUUUUAGCAUUCAAGGUUCAGGAUACCGUUUUUGAGCAUAUUAUAGACCGAGUGAACUUAGCAUUUGCAAAGCAUUCCGACGCUGGCGACGGAAAGUUUGCGGGAGUGAAAGACUUUGUAUGCUCUGGAGGUGUUGCAGCCAACCAGCAGCUUCGCCAGAAGCUCUUCAAUAACCUUAAGUUCCAAAACAAGCUUGAAUUUCAUUUCCCAGACUUGAAAGUGUGCACAGACAAUGCCACCAUGAUCGGCGUGGCUGGAAUCGACUUAUUCGAGAAACUCAGAGUCAACUUAUAA